ACGGGAUAUUCAGCAGUGGCCUGUGGCUGCCAGAGCAACUCCUCGGGGGAAAUUGAGCGGCGAGGCAGACUGCACCGUGAUCGCCUAGAAAAGCGCCCGGGCCCCGCUUGCCGCGCACACCGGGUACCUGGGCUGCCCCGCGGCGGUGCGCGCGCGAGAGAGCGGGAGAGGGCGAGCCGGGGUGCGGGCGCGCCGGGCGUGAGCCUGGGCGCUGCGGAGCGCGCGUGCUCCGGGCUGCGCGCCGGGGGCCGGGGGCGAGCCCCGAGCGUCUCCACCCGCCAUGAGGGGCGCGGGCGCCUGGGCCCCGCUCUGCCUGCUGCUGGCCGCGGCCGUCCAGCCCUCGCGGCCGCAGCCGCAGCCGCAGCCGCAGCCCCAGGAGAGACCUGUUUUCACAUGUGGCGGCAUUUUUACUGGAGAGUCUGGAUUUAUUGGCAGCGAAGGUUUUCCUGGAGUGUACCCUCCAAAUAGCAAAUGUACUUGGAAAAUCACAGUUCCCGAGGGAAAAGUAGUAGUUCUUAACUUCCGGUUCAUAGACCUCGAGAGCGACAACUUGUGUCGCUAUGACUUUGUGGACGUCUACAACGGCCACGCCAACGGCCAGCGCAUCGGGCGGUUCUGCGGCACCUUCCGGCCCGGAGCCCUUGUGUCCAGCAGCAACAAGAUGAUGGUGCAGAUGAUUUCCGACGCCAACACAGCCGGGAAUGGCUUCAUGGCCAUGUUCUCUGCCGCCGAACCAAACGAAAGAGGGGAUCAGUACUGUGGAGGACUCCUUGAAAGACCUUCCGGCUCUUUUAAUACCCCCAACUGGCCAGACCGUGAUUACCCUGCAGGAGUCACCUGUGUGUGGCACAUUGUAGCCCCAAAGAAUCAGCUUAUAGAAUUAAUGUUUGAGAAGUUUGACGUUGAGCGCGACAACUACUGCCGGUACGACUACGUGGCUGUGUUCAACGGCGGCGAAGUCAACGACGCCGAAAGAAUCGGGAAGUAUUGCGGCGACAGUCCCCCCGCGCCAAUUGUAUCUGAGAGAAAUGAACUUCUCAUUCAGUUUUUAUCAGACUUAAGUUUAACUGCAGAUGGAUUCAUCGGUCACUACAAAUUCAGGCCAAAAAAACUGCCGACAACUACCAUACCCCCUGUUACCACCACCUUCCCUGCAACUACAAGUUUAAAACCCACCGUGGCCCUGUGUCAACAAAAGUGUAGACGGUCGGGGACUCUGGAGAGCAAUUACUGUUCAAGUAACUUUGUCUUGGCUGGCACUGUUAUCACAACCAUCCCUCGAGGUGGGAGUCUGCACGCCACGGUCUCCAUCAUCAACAUCUAUAAAGAGGGGAACCUGGCGAUUCAGCAGGCCGGCAAGAACAUGAGUGCCAAGGUCGUCGUGGUCUGCAAGCAGUGCCCUCUCCUCAGAAGAGGCCUAAAUUACAUUAUUAUGGGCCAAGUGGGUGAAGAUGGGCGAGGCAAAAUCUUGCCAAACAGCUUUAUCAUGAUGUUCAAGACCAAGAAUCAGAAGCUCUUGAAUGCCUUGAAGAACAAGCAAUGUUAACAGUGAACGGUGCCCAUUUAAGCUGCGUUCUGUCACUGCCUCUGAAAGAUCUAUUUUUUUCUCAGUAGAAAAAAGAAAAAUUUAUAACAUGAAAUAUUGAGCAUCCAGAAAGAUUUACUCUUCACACGAUGUAGGUAUGAGACCUCCGACAUCGCUGAUGGAAGUUGUGUGCCUGCGCGGAAGAGGAACAGACGUCCGAUUGAAAACCUGCAGACGUAGUGGGGUGAUGAGAAACUAAACAUAUCCAGCGUUGACAAUUCGGAAGCCAUUUAUUUAUACGUCUCUGUCAAAGGAUAUUUUAGAAAUGAGUUGUGUGAAGAUGUAAAAAAGAGAUUUUUAUAUGUGCAAUAUUUAUAGUGAUACUCGUUCUGCCUUCAAGCAUUUGCUCUGAGGUGUUAUAUUCUUCUCUUGCAUUUUUUAAAUCAAUGCUUAAUAAAAUAUUUUUAAAUGAUUAUAUAA